AUGGGAAUUUUGGUGGGAGGGAAUAUCCUGGACCAGAACAGAUACAAACUGAUUUGCCAGACUUUUGACGACACCAGAACAUUUGUGACGCUGUACGACACCCACAACAAGAUUCCAGUUUUUUCUGCUGCAAAAUUCAGAGGGAGCACAGCUGGAAGACCCAGCCACCCAUGGAUGAUUGAACCACAGCUUGAAGACCCAACUGAUGUUGACAAUAUGAGACAAGCAGACAAGAACAUCAACUAUGAACACCAGGCUGGAGACACUGAUUACAACCCCUACAACCAGCAAGGGUUUGACAGAGGACAUUUAUUUCCAAACUCUUAUGCGUGUGAUUUAACUGAGAAAAAAUCUACCUUUACCUUGACUAACGUUGUUCCGCAAAACAAAAGGUUCAAUCGUGGAAAAUGGAAAAAAAUGGAGCUCUGUGUCAAAAAAUUUCUGGAUGAAAACUGCAUUAACAACAAUAACAAAAAAGAAGGCUUUGUAGUAAUUGGAGCAAAACCUAGUGACAGUGUGAGCACUGACAGUAGCUUACUGAACAACAACAAGAUAAAUAUUCCUUCAGUGCUCUGGUCAGCCUUCUGCUGUUACAGUCGUAGUCAGAACACGUGGCUGGCAGGUGCACACUGGGGUAACAACAGAGAUGAUGACCUUAACUAUCUGGAGACCAAGACUUUGGGAGAACUUCAUACAACCGAGGGAAUUGACGCAUUUCCUGGAACACGAUGUCCUAAAGACUUAACUGUUCCUCAGCUCUACUCAAAAUGUGCACUUAAAUCCAAAAAGAGUUAUAAG